AUGAAGUUAAUCUUGUUUUCAGUGCUUGCUGCUACAGUAUGCUGGGCAGCGAAGAUCGAGCCUUCAUGCGAUAGCGGUUACAUCGAAUACAAUCCUCCUCCAUUCUUCAGUGGAAAUGAUUUAAUCGAAUUAUACCCGGAUGGGUAUAAUGGCAAUACUCCUGUCGUCUUCCCAACCAAUUAUAAUUGCACUUAUCGUAUCAAUGUGCCUCAAGGUCAAUAUGCAGAAGUAGUUAUGACUAUCAUAACGACUGGAACAACUUUUUCAUUACCUCUGGUUACUGUCACUGAUUCAUUAGGAAGAACAGAAAACAUCCUCUCUGCUAACAAAGAAUUCUUCUAUUUCAUGUCAACUGGCGGUAAUAUCACAUUGGCAACUGUUAUGACUAAUUCCAGCUUCGCAUUUUCCAUUCAUUGGCGUCAAUAUCCAUCCACAUUCAAACCCAACAGCAUCCAACUGAACCAAUCGGAUACUGAACCUCAAGUCAUCAGCUAUUGUCAUCCUAACCUCACCCUAGUCACUGCCCAAUCCAGAGUAUCAGCUUUAGUUAUCCCCACGUCAACUCCCGAAUUCUCUUCUCUUCUCCGUGGAAUUGUCUUCUACGACGGACCCAACUGGAACUCUACAUACCUCGGAACGGCUAAACAACUCUCUGAAAGUGGUAAUCAAUUGGUAUCUUCCGGAAAUCAACUCACUAUACAAACUCUUUUCGAACAAGAUUGCAGUGACACGCAUAUUUUAUUACAAGAAUACGAGAACACUAAAAAUCUCAAUAAUCUGAAAGGAGUUGCUUGUUCUAGUCUGUUAUCCGGAGACUGCCAAGGGGUUCUCGAUAACUCGAAGGGAUUAUCUGCGUUCGUGACAUACUUGAAUGGAGAUUUUGGAUACGAGACAGUGACAAGUUUGAGUGGAAAUGGAACAUUGGAUGUGUACAUUGGAGGUGUCACAGCGAAUAAAAAGAAUCUCAUUGCUUCAUACCCAAUUGACAACAGCGCAAUCCGGCUUCCACAAUCUUUCAAUGGAAAUGCAAGAACAUAUGUGUUGAAUGGUGCCAAUGCACGGGCUACUAUCAAUUUCACUCUUCUAUACACUGCUUCCGAAAAGAGUCAAAUGGGAAGAAAAGGAUUCAUUGUCUCUAAUCAUUACACUGAAAAGACUCUUCAAUGGGCUUCUGCAAAGAUUUCAGCACCAGAGAACACACCGACCAAGUUCUCAAUUGUAAUCCGAACCGCUGAUGUUACUAAAUCCAGUCAGUUCAAUAUCACAGUUUCUAACGGAGAUAGUGCUGCAUAUGGACAAAGCUUCUCUGCCUACAACCUACCAGCUAUGAAUCAGGUCAUUCAAGUUGUCGGAGACACAUUGCUCGUUGAAUUUGAUUCUAAGGACGACUUGAGUAAUGGAAUCUAUAUCGAUUUUGAGUUGUUGAAAGCAUCUUCGAAUCGCAUUUCUCUUUUCGUCACUGUUCUAAUGUGCUUCUUCAUCAUUUUCCAUUGA